GCUCUCUUGGUGGUUCUUGUCCGUAGAGUGUGGAAGCUGGAAGAAAGCGGCUUAGGAAAGCCGCUGUCACAGAGGCCUCGAAACACAGAGAGGGGAUCGAAGACUACCUAGCCCAGAGAGUUCCUCAGGCCGCUCUAGCCAAAGGAACCAUAAAGAUCAGAUAAGGGCGUCUUCACUUCCUCUCUUCCCUGGUUCAGCUUCCGUUUCCGGGGAGGGGCUAAGUUUUCUUCGAAGAUUAAGGGGUCUGAGAUCCAGCGGGGAUGGCUGUCAUACCUCUGUUGUUGUUCGGAGGAUUGUGGAACGCUGUGGGAGCAUCCAAUCUGGCUGUUGUUACUUGCGGUUCUGUGGUGAAGCUACUCAACACGCGCCAUAAUGUCCGACUUCACUCACACGAUGUGCGCUACGGGUCAGGAAGUGGGCAGCAGUCAGUGACAGGUGUAACUUCUGUGGAUGACAGCAACAGUUACUGGAGGAUACGGGGGAAGACUGCCACAGUGUGUGAAAGAGGAACCCCCAUCAAAUGUGGCCAGCCCAUCCGGCUGACACAUGUCAACACUGGCCGAAACCUCCAUAGUCACCAUUUCACUUCACCUCUUUCUGGAAAUCAGGAAGUGAGUGCUUUUGGUGAGGAAGGUGAAGGUGAUUAUCUGGAUGACUGGACAGUGCUCUGUAAUGGGCCCUACUGGUUGAGAGAUGGUGAAGUGAGGUUCAAACAUUCUUUCACCGAAGUACUGCUGUCUGUCACAGGAGAACAAUAUGGUCGACCCAUCAGUGGACAAAAAGAAGUGCAUGGCAUGGCCCAGCCAAGCCAGAACAACUUUUGGAAAGCCAUGGAAGGCAUCUUCAUGAAGCCCAGUGAGUUGUUGAAGGCAGAAGCCCACCAUGUAGAGCUAUGAGUCCAGAGGUGCUGAGCCAAUGUCACUACACAGUAUUCAUAGACAUCUGUUGCUGCUUCACCCAGGGAUCCCUGCCACACAUCAUCUGGGCACUGGUCAUAUCCUCAUGGAGAUGAAGAUGCAUAAUAGAAGGCAAUGGCUGUGUUUGGAAGCUGUAUCCCUUCACCCUGGAAUUGGUUGCUCUCCCACAUUUGAGUCAGUUCUGAGUAGAGGACUUCCUGGUGAAGGCACAGAUGUUUUUUUAUUCAUACUGUUAUAAGAAACUAAACAAACUUCUCUCUUAGCUGGGACAUUUCUCCUCCUCGGGUGCUUGGCAUCAUGGAUGUUUUUGUUUUAUAUUUUUCCAGUACAUGUCUGCGGUACAUACCGAUAACAUUCAUUGUGGGGAGUUGGUACAUGUACAUAAGGCAUCUUAAUUCUUUUGACAUCCCCUUCCCCUUCCCUCCCUCCAUUUGUUGGCAUGGAUUUUUUUUUUUUGGUACCGGGGAUCGAACUUGGGUCCUUGCGCUUGCGCAGCAUGGAUUUUUUUUUUUUGGGUACUGGGGAUCGAACUCAGGACCUUGCACUUGCCAGGCAGGUGCGGCACCACUGAGCUAAAUAUCAGGCCCCAUGGCCUGGAUUGUUGAUGUGUGUGAAUUCCCCUCUAGUUUUCUUUCUCUGAAAUUAUAAAAAUUUAUUAUCAGUUA